AUGGGCAACAGCGCACUUUUUCAUGGCCGGAUCCGAUCGGAGACGUCGUCGACAUGCUCCACGGAGACCGUCACCGCGGCCCACAAUUUUGAGGUGCGCGACUACCCGCUGCUCCAGGGCGUCGGCGUCAGCAAUGCUGUCAGCUCCAGCGUGUUCAGGGUCGGCGGCUACGACUGGAAGAUCGAGUUCUACCCUAAUGGCCUGGCGAAUGGCAAAUCAAGUUAUGCAGGCUGCUUCCUGAAUUGCGUCAGCCCGGCGAACGACGUGAGGGCACUGUUCUCGUUAAACAUGCUGAAGAAAUCGGACGGCGAGGAACAAGUAACCCACUACGAUGGUGUACAGCACACUUUUCCUCCUGGAGGCACUGCUUGGGGCUACCGCAAAUUCGUCCCCAAGUGGAAGCUUAUAUCUCUGUUGGAUGUCAACAAUGGCUGCUUCACGAUAAGAUGCGUUGUCACGGUCAUACAUCAGCCUCGCACGGUGCGCAGGAGGAAGCUGAUCUUGGCGACGCAGCCAACUCUGCGGGAGAGUCUCGAGCACAUGCUCAAGGCCGGAGAAGGAGCAGAUGUGACAUUCGGUGUCGGUGACCAGCUGUUCAAUGCCCAUAGAUGUGUACUGGCUGCACGCUCUCCGGUUUUUAAGGCGGAGCUCAUCGGACCGAUGAAGGAGGCAGCGACACGGUGCAUCAAGGUCGACGACAUGGAGCCCGAGACCUUGGAGGCGCUUCUGCACUUCAUAUACACGGACGAUAUGCUAGAUGACGACGACGAUGAAGAAAAAACUGACAGACUGCAGCACUUGCUAGUUGCCGCGGACAGGUACGGAGUGGAUAGGUUAAGGGCCAUCUGCGAAGAGAAACUAUAUGAGGGCAUUGCUGUGGAGACGGUUGCCACCACAUUGCUUUUGGCGGAGCAACAACACUGCAAGGAUCUUAAGGAAGCUUGUAUCGAGUUUAUGACUUCACGGGACAUGCUAGGGGCUGUCAUGGCCACCAAUGGAUUCAAGCAACUUGUGGCAAACUGUCCUUUGCUCAUGGAGGAUAUACUAAAGGAGGUGUCUGGAGCGCCUAGAGUGUGA